AGAGAGAGAGAGAGAGAGAGAGAGAGAGAGAGAGAGAGAGAGAGAGAGAGAGAGAGAGAGAGGAGUUGUGUAGUUGUUGAGAGGCCAUGGCAACGACGGCAUACACAGGCGCAACUUCGAUGGCGGCAGCGGUGUUUGGGCCUCGACUCCCCACGAUAAACAAGUGUUCACGCUGCUCCGCGCUACCUCCCCUUUCACCUUUCUCCAUCGCUUCCUCCUCCACCUCUUUCAAAUACUUCCCAGAGGCUCGCAGGCUUUCUUUGCAUCAGGUCAGAGCCUCUUCCUCAGAAGAGUCACCCAGCACUGUUGAGGUUGGAGAAGUGUUCUCAGACUUAAAAGUAAAGUGGGAUGCACUUGAAAACAAGUCCACCGUAAUUCUCUAUGGCAGUGGUGCAAUCGUUGCAGUUUGGUUAUCUUCAACUGUGGUUGGCGCAAUCAACUCAAUACCUUUGCUUCCAAAGAUCUUGGAGUUAGUAGGGCUCGGAUACACUGGGUGGUUUGUCUACCGGUACCUUCUUUUCGAGUCUAGCAGAAAAGAACUAGCUUCAGAUAUUGAAACAUUGAAGAAGAAGAUUGAUGGAAGCGAAUAGAGGUGCACAUUGGGUGACAAGUUUAUUCUACAUUUAGUUUGACCAUUUAUAUUUCAGUGGUUCUCAUGGAGUGACAUACAUAACAGGCACUUGGAUCCUGUACCUCUAAAAGGGAUUUUCUCUCUCUUUUCCCUCUCCUGUUGUAUAAAUUUGUUCCAUGUAAUGCAGACAACAAUUUCCUUUAGAAUUAAUCUCAAAGGUUGCUUGGUGAA